UUUAGUAGAAAUUCAACUAAAGAAACUUCAACGUACACGGCCUCAUCCUCUUCCGGCGUCUUCCCAUCUCAACUCCAUUUUGUUCUCUGCUGCCAACCCUAAGCCAUGAAUUCACUGCUCGCGUAUCAGCUCCUUCGCAUCCUAUCCCUCACUCUUCUUCUCUCAUCGUUCUCUCGUAUCUCUAAAUCAAGUGAGUUUUGUGAUGCUGGAACUGGAUUUGGUGAUUCUGGAUGUGUAGUCUCGUCGAAGUCUGCAUCAAAGCUGUUAAUCAAGGGAGGAACUGUUGUGAAUGCUCAUCAUCAGGAGAUUGCUGAUGUUUAUGUAGAGGAUGGGAUCAUUGUUGCUGUGAAGCCUAAUAUUAAGGUAGGUGAUGAUAUUACUGUGCUUGAUGCCACCGGAAAGUUUGUCAUGCCAGGUGGAAUUGAUCCUCACACACACCUAGCAAUGGAGUUUAUGGGUACUGAGACCAUUGAUGACUUUUUCAGUGGUCAAGCUGCUGCACUAGCAGGUGGAACAACAAUGCACAUUGACUUUGUCAUACCAGUCAAGGGCAGCUUAUCAAAGGGUUUUGAAGCCUAUAAAGACAAAGCGAAAAAAUCUUGUAUGGAUUAUGGUUUUCAUAUGGCAAUCACAAAAUGGGAUGAAAAUGUUUCAAGGGAGAUGGAAAUCAUGGUUAAGGAGAAAGGCAUCAACUCUUUUAAGUUUUUCCUGGCCUACAAGGGGGCUCUCAUGAUCAAUGAUGAGCUUCUACUUGAGGGAUUAAAAAAAUGCAAGUCUCUUGGUGCUUUGGCCAUGGUACAUGCUGAAAAUGGAGAUGCUGUAUUUGAAGGGCAGAAAAGAAUGAUAGAACUUGGCAUUACUGGUCCAGAGGGACAUGCGCUUUCAAGGCCACCCGUGCUAGAAGGAGAGGCAACUGCUAGAGCUAUUCGGUUGGCCAGUUUUGUUAACACGCCUCUCUAUGUAGUUCAUGUGAUGAGCAUUGAUGCGAUGGAAGAAAUAGCUAAAGCUCGAAAAUCAGGACAGAGGGUUAUUGGAGAGCCAGUAGUUUCUGGGUUAGUCCUUGAUGAUUCUGGGCUCUGGGAUCCUGACUUCAUCAACGCAGCAAAGUAUGUAAUGAGUCCCCCUAUUAGAGCAUUGGGACAUGACAAGGCCCUUCAAGCUGCUCUUUCAACUGGAAAUCUGCAGCUUGUAGGGACCGAUCAUUGUGCCUUCAAUUCCACACAGAAAGCUUUUGGAAUUGAUGAUUUCCGAAAAAUUCCUAAUGGUGUCAAUGGUAUUGAGGAGAGGAUGCAUCUGGUUUGGGACACAAUGGUGGAGUCUGGCCAAAUCUCAGUCACUGAUUAUGUCCGGAUAACAAGCACUGAAUGUGCUAGAAUCUUCAACAUGUAUCCAAGGAAAGGAGCAAUACUUGCUGGAUCUGAUGCAGACAUAAUCAUAUUAAACCCAAAUUCAAGCUUCCAAAUAACCGCAAGGUCCCAUCACUCUAGAUCAGACACAAAUGUCUUUGAAGGAAGGAAAGGGAAGGGAAAGGUUGAGGUGACAAUUGCUGGAGGAAAAAUUGUUUGGGAAAAUGAUGAACUGAAGGCAGUUCCUGGAUCUGGAAAGUACAUAGAAAUGCAACCUUUUAGUUAUCUUUUCAAUGGAAUUGACAAGGUAGAUGCUAAAUACCUUUCUUCCCUCCAAGCCCCAGUACAAAGAUCCAAAGCUGCAAGUUGAAUCACAGGCACACAAUAUAAGUCUCACAAUUCAGUGUGGUAGCAUGAAAGGAUCGCAAAUACAGAGAGAGAAGACAGACUUUUGAAGACAUCAAGGCCUAAUACAACAAUUAAUGUAGGUCAGGAACUUCCUCUUCCUCUGCAUGUAAAUAAAUUUAAAAAGCAAUAAGAACAAUGAAUACUCCAUAUACUUGCAUUGCAUAUUUAGAGUGUGUUUGGCACUGAAAAACAUGUCUUAACCUUUAUAACAUUUGAAUGAUAAAAAUUUUCAA